UCCAACUGGGUGGCAAUAAGAAGAAUAACAGGACGCUUGGAAUCCAAUUCAGUUUUAAUUAAAUUCUUCGGAAAACUGGCCAUUGGCUCCAUUUGAAUUGCCCAGCAGCAUGGAGCAAUCGGAUCUGUGCCGUGUGUGCAAUAUCCCAUCGGGAAAUUGCUUGCCACUCUUCACGCCGCAUCUGGUUUCUGGCGAACUAACGACUUUAGCCAAGAUUCUGAGCUACUGCAGCGGCCUGACUCUCCUGGAGACGGAGGACUACCUGCCCCAACACAUAUGCCAGGGAUGUUCGGUUAAGCUGCGGCGGUACUGGGAAUUCAAGCGCGUCGCUCUGAAGACGGACGCGGUUCUCCGACAACUUUAUAAAGGUCUGAAAGUCAAGGAAAAAUAUUACUAUGUGUCGGGAGAGGAGGUGGGGGAGGAGCAACAUAUGGAAGAGGACGAUGAAGCUAUAGACCAGGAGUUUGAGCUAGAUCAGGAACUGGUUCACGAAGAUGAUUUUGUGGUGGUGAACGAGGCAAGCCAAGAGGAUGAGGAUGAGCUAGAGAUUAAGGUGGAGGAGGAGUUGUCAGCCAAGCUUUGGAAGCGAAGUAUUGCCGAUCUAGAGGUCGACGAUAUUCAGGAUGUCAUCAUCGAAGAAACUAGCCACAGCCAGCUCUUCAUGGAGGAGGAGGAAGAUACCCAAGAUAACUAUGAGGAAAUUGGGGAACCAACUGAAGAGCAACCACAGGAGGCGAAAACUCAACCUUCGGGCAAUAGAAGCCGCCGCAAGAAGACCACUAAUCCAUCACUAAAGUGUCCGAUCUGCGAGAAGCAACUGAGCACUAGCAACUCCUUCAAGUACCACAUGCAGCUGCACAGCGACCAGAAGCCGUAUGUCUGCCAGAUAUGCGGGGAGUCCUUCAAGACCCGCAACGCCCACGACGGGCAUGCCACCCUGCACGAUCCAAACAAUCCAAAUACCUGCCCCACCUGCGGCAAGGUGUACCGUCAGGCGUCAUCGCUGCGCACCCACCUGCUAACCCACAGCGGCAUCAAGCCGUUCGAGUGCGGUGUCUGCGGCAAGCGACUCACCCAAAAGUCCGGUUACAAGAAGCACAUGCUCACCCAUACCGGCGAGAAGCCGCACGAAUGUGAUAUCUGCAAACGUACCUUUCGCUAUUCAAGCAAUCUGAUUGCCCACAAACGCAGCCACAGCCAGUCCAAGCCGCAUCAUUGCCUGGUCUGCCAGAAGCGGAGCUUCGGCACCACCACCGAACUGAAUCGCCACAUGCUCGUCCACAGCAGCGAUCGUCCGUUCGAGUGUCCGGAGUGCAGCAAGACCUUCAAACGCCAGGUCUCCCUCACCCUUCACAUCCAAUCGCACAAGAACCCAAAUGCCGGAAAGAUGAAAAAAAAGAAGGAAUGGGUGGACCUUUAAAUUAGGAAUUAAGAUAUCCAUACCCGAUAUAUGUUUUCCAAAGCUAAUCCUAAAGAGAGGGUUGAGAGAACCUUAGUCAUAGAAUUAAUUCUUAAUUUUAGUUGUUUUCUCAACGCUGUAUUAUUAUUUUUUAUUA